AUAUGUUUCGCAUCUCUGACAAAUUUGAGAAUGAAUCGAACGACUGGUCAACUGUUGAGCCAAAAAUUGUGAAAUUCAAUCAUGUCUGGACAAUCGAAAAUUUUGGCGAAGCUUGGCAAUUUAGAGAGAACUGGGAAUCUAUGGAUUUUCCCAUCGGGGAGCAUGAGAACGAAUUGAAAUGGCGUUUAGAGCUGGCACUCAUCAGGAAGGGGGAUAACGUAUCUGAUUAUUUCCAGCUGACUGUACACCAGGUCGAACGAUUGUAUUUUCGUGGAGAGGCUAAGGUCACAUGUGCCAUAAUGAAUCAUGAGGAGACGCAGCAAAAAAAGUUGUUCAACUUGAGCAGCGAUAAGACAGUUUGCUUUGAGCCCUUCAUAUAUUGCAGCAAACUUUUCAAUGUGGAUAACAAUUAUUUACCUCACGACAAGUUAACAAUCGCUUGCCAAAUUCGAUUGAUUACGGACGCAGCGUGCACGUGCGGAAAAAUGAAUCCGAUCAAAGUGCCGGACACCAAGGUAGCUGAAGAUUUCGGCAAACUGUUCGAUAAUGAGCAGUACAGUGAUAUUAAAGUUUCAUCAAAUGGCCAUGAAAUAUAUGCACAUAAGAAUAUAUUAUCAGCUCGCAGUCAGUUCUUUGAGACGAUGUUUCAAACGGAUCUGCACUCACGAAAUCGCGUGAUCCUUGACGAUGUGGAUCCUCAGGUCUUGAGCGACAUAUUGCGUUUCAUCUACACCGAUCAGGCGCCCAAUCUGGAUAAUCUGGCCAAGCAACUGCUCCAAGCGGCUGACAAAUUCAAGCUGGCCAAAUUAAAAGCUUUGUGUGAGAAAUCGCUGUUCACGCAACUCUGCAUAGAUAAUGCAGCUGAAACGCUUAUCUUAUCUGAUCAAUUCAAUGCACUUCAGUUGAAGGCGCGAGCCAUUGAAUAUAUAAACAUGAAUAUGGAUAUGGUAAAAGGGACAGAUGGCUGGCACAAUUUGGCUCGAAUCAAUCCACAAUUGGUGAAUGAUCAUUUUGCUAUCGUUGGUAAUUAUUCCGAUACGUUCUUUGUGCGUUCAGAUAAGGCAAAUUAUAGCAAAUAUUCUUGCGAAAAAUGUGGAUGA